CAAGAGAAAUGGUUACAGGCUGGGAAAUACCUAUUAGGAGAGCUUCUAUUAUCUUAGCAGUGACACAUCUGUCACAGAUUGUCUGGGAAUUUUGUCCAAAAGCAACCUUUAAGUCCACUGUGGGAGAUGAGAAGUGUGCUCCUUGUCCAGCUCACAGCAGCGCCCCCUAUAAGGGCUCAAUCGAAUGUCGUUGUGAUGAAAAUUAUCAUAGAGCAUCGAAAGAUCCCAAAGGCAUGCCAUGUACACAACCACCUUCGGCGCCUCGGAAUCUGACGGUCAACUUUGUAGACCAAUCUACUGUUAUAUUGGUUUGGCAGACACCAAAGUACUUAGGUGGACGGACAGAUACAAACUACAGAGUAAUAUGCGAUGCUUGUGGCAACGCUGUCUCUUACGUUCCUGGUCAAGAAGGCUUCAACAGUACGAAAAUUACAAUCUCAGGCCUAAAUCCUGUAACAACGUACAGAUUUCAGAUAUUUGCAGAAAAUGGCGUAUCAGGUUUAAGGGAUAGCCAUUAUUUAGAUAUAACGGUUACUACUGAGGCUUCCGUUCCAUCGGUCGUAGCCAAUGUGCGAAUCCUCUCAACGAAAAGUUCUGAAAUCGUGUUAGCCUGGGAUCCUCCAGAAGACCCUUCCACGGUCAUCGAAAUGUACGAAGUGCGGUACUUUCCCCGAGGCGACGUAAAAAACGCGUCUGCUAUCUUGACAAAGAAAGAAAAAUCUACAUUUGCAAAUUUAAAACAAAGAACUGAAUAUGGAUUUCAGGUGAGAGCGAAAACAACCCAUGGGUGGGGAGAAUUCAGUAAAACUAUCUAUCAGUCAACUGGACAGCUCGUCGAUAGUACUGCUUAUGUUGAGGAUGAAGAUAAAGUUCAAGUUCGAAUUAUUGCUGGUGCAACUGUUGCUGUAGUUGUCCUUGUUGUCGUUGUUAUUGUUAUGAUUGUUCUUUAUAUCAGGAGGAGCUCAGAAGAGUGCAACAAGAAGCAAGCAAGUGACUGUGACACCUUAGAAUACAGAAAUGGUGAAGGUAACAAAUUAGUACCUGCCUUGGAACACCCUCCUAUUGUUCCUACUGCUCGAAUUACAACACCACUUUUCACACACUGUGGAACAGCAAGGAGCUACAUUGACCCUCACACUUAUGAAGACCCAAAUCAAGCAGUUAGAGAGUUUGCCAAAGAAAUUGAUGCCCUCCACAUAACCAUUGAAGCUAUAAUAGGUGGAGGUGAGUUUGGAGACGUGUGUAAAGGAAAAUUGAAAGUCCCAGGACGACCUGAAAUUACUGUUGCCAUCAAAACUCUUAAACCAGGAUCUCCAGACAAGGCUCGUAUGGACUUCCUUACAGAGGCCAGCAUCAUGGGACAGUUUGAUCAUCCCAAUGUUAUCUAUCUUCAGGGUGUUGUCACAAAAAGUAAUCCAGUCAUGAUCAUCACCGAGUAUAUGGAAAAUGGCUCUCUCGAUACUUUCUUACGGGCCAAUGAUGGGAAAUUCCAGGUCAUUCAGUUAGUUGGAAUGUUGCGAGGGAUUUCAGCUGGGAUGCAGUAUCUUUCUGAGAUGAGUUAUGUGCAUAGAGAUCUUGCUGCUCGUAAUGUGUUGGUCAAUUCAAGCUUGGUGUGUAAGAUUGCUGACUUUGGUCUCUCUAGAGAAAUUGAAAGUGCAACAGAAGGAGCAUACACCACAAGAGGAGGAAAGAUUCCAGUUAGAUGGACAGCUCCUGAGGCCAUUGCUUUUAGAAAAUUUACAUCAGCUAGUGAUGUCUGGAGCUUUGGUAUUGUAUCAUGGGAGGUUAUGUCUUAUGGAGAACGACCGUACUGGAACUGGCCCAACCAAGAUGUUAUCAAGAGUAUUGAGAAAGGCUACAGACUUCCUCCACCUAUGGAUUGUCCUGAAGCUAUGUAUCAACUUAUGUUAGAUUGUUGGCAAAAAGAGAGAUCCCACAGACUAACUUUUGCAACCAUUGUGAAAACCCUUGACAAACUGCUCAAAUGUCCUGAAAGUCUUCGAAAGAUUGCACAAAAUAGACAAAAUCCACUUGAUCCCAAUGCUCCAGACUUGACCAAAUAUAAGACAAUUGAAGAAUGGUUAAACAGCAUCAAGAUGAUGAGGUACCUUGAGAACUUUCAGCAGGCAGGAAUUAACUCAAUGGAGUCAGUAUCUCGGCUUACUCUUGCUGAUAUCACUUCGCUUGGUGUGACACUUGUAGGUCAUCAAAAAAAGAUGAUUGGUAGCAUUCAGACUCUUAGGGUUCAACUGAGUGCCAACAUGUCUGAAGGACUACUGGUCUAAAACAACUGAAAGUAAGUGAUAAAAGGUUUUUUUUGUUUACUUUGGAUGUAAAAGAACUAGACCUGGGAAAUUUUGGCUCCACACACAUUACCAGUAUUUGACAAGUGGCCAAACUAGAUGUGUGGAUGCCACCCAAAAACUGAAGCAACUGUGAUGAACUCAAAUGAAGAAUUGUUGUGAAGAUUCCAUCUACUUACAGUGUAGUUAGGGUAAUAUGUGUUCUCAACUGCAAAGAAAUAUGGUCUAGCUAAAGAAAAAUAAAAUGGCUAGCAAAAUUUGGUGGUGACAUGACAAAAAAGUUCCUUCUUUCAAACCAGGAGUACAAGAUCAUUCUUAGUGAGUUAACCAGGAAUUCUACCACAGCCACCAGCUUUUGAAACAAAUAUGUUUGCUCCAUAACAGUACCACAGAACUUGAAGCAGCUAGCUGUGGAACAAAACAUAUCAGCUCAAGUCUAUAAACAAAAAAGGCUAAUAACUGCCUGAGGUUAGAAGGCUUACAAGCUCUACACAUAUCAGUCUGUCUUUUAGACAAUGCGGUCAUAUCAGUUAUUCAGAUGGUAAGCUGUGUAUAUCAAGUACUUAGCCCACCUAAUUUGAUAUUUGACGUUGAAUAUAGAGAGAAGGUGAGAGUAACAGAAUGAGAAAAAGAGAGGUUUACCAUUAAAGCAGAUAUUUCACACCAAUUUUAGGAAUAAUGGUGGUUUUCAAUCCUAUACUAGUAUAUAGGUGAAUAUGAAAACCAGCCUUUCUAAUAUUAUGUAUAUUUUUUAAUUAAACUAAACUUUAAACCUUUUCACUGAAAGAACAAAAUCAAGAUAAUAUGAUCUGUAAGUUCUAAGAGCAACUUUCUUUCUUUUAGAGCCAUUGGUGGUUUAUAUUCAUCAAAAAGUGUCACAGCUCUUUAGACGUUUUUAUCAGUUUUUUGAUGAAUAAAUUGGUGCUUACUGGAUUUCGUUAUUUUCUUGACACUUAUAGACUUAACUUUUAAUAUAACUGGUAUUUAUGGUUACAGAAUUUCACAUUCCUGACAAAGUUUUAUGAACACAUUAAAAGUUGAUAGGAGGUCUUGAUAAAAUAAGACCUUUAAGUAAAUGUACAUUAUGUUGAGGAAGAGAAAAUUGGAGUUGAUUAAACCACAUUAUUAUUUUUCUUUAAGUAUUUAGAGUAAAAUAAAAAUGUACAUUUUGAAGUUUGACAAAUUCAAUGCAUAUAAGGUAUUUGAAUGUGAUAUAUAAAUCUACUCUCGAUGUUUCAGUAAACCAUGACACAAAUGAGUUUAUCAAAUAAGACUAGGUUUCAAUAAGUUUUGGCAUUUAUGAGUUUUUUGGAUAAGACUAGGUUUCAGUAAGCCUUGAUGUUGACAAGUUUAUCAAAUAAGACUAAGUAUUAGUAAGCCUUGACGUUGAUGAGUUUUUCAGAUAACACUAGGUUUCAUUAAGUUUCAUGACUUUAUCAAAUAAAAUUAGGUUUCAGUAAGCCUUGACACUGAUAAAUUUUUCAGAUAAGACUAGGUUGCAGUAAGCCUUGACACUAAACGAGUUUUUGAAGUAAGUCUUAAACUUUGUCAACAAAAAUUUUGCAGAAAAGAUCUAGUUUUAAAGACAACGAAACACACAGAAAUGAAGUUAGUGAGCAAAUGUUAAAGUAGGCUGAAGUUUAUUUAUUGUUUGUUUUCUAUAGUUGAUAUUGAUGAAUAAUAAUAGCAUUGUAAAAUACUGUUGUAAAAAAACUUUCUUGUAGAAUAAUUUUACUGCCACAAUACACAAACUCUUAGACACAGUUUUUUUGUUAUUUUUUUUGAAAAAAAUUUAUGUGGAUAUAUUAUCUAUAUAUAAGCUACAUACACAGUCUUCUUGUGGCAUUAUUAAUAUACAUGUGGGUUGUAAAGUUCAUUGGCAUAAGGCUACACUUGUGUAAACAAUAAACUAGCUUUUAUUUGUGGCAUGUAGUGGGCUAGUCAAUACUUAAUUUUUUCUACCCUGUCUCAUGAUCUUCAGAGGAAAAUUGUGACAUAGCACCAGUUUAAGCUCUUCAAAAGUUAAUUGCCUAUAUACUUAACUAUAAGUUAAAUCCCUAUAUUUGUUUCUUUUGGAUACUUACUCAUACCUGAAAUAAUACCUACUAAUUGUUUGUAUUGUGAGAUGUGUUUCAUACUUCAUGCAAUAAGUAAAAGAAAUUCAAGAAAUUUCAAAUAGCUCUGUAGCAGGGGCAUGCCUGGACACUGGCCUACAGGGCCCAUUCCCCAGAUGUAUUUUACAUUGCCCUGCAUCUGUUUAUGUAAACCAUAAUAUAUUGCAUUGCAAUUAUGUUUUAAUCAUGAUGAACAUUAGUUGUUUCUUCUGGCCCAACUAGUGAUGUCCCUGGUGUGUAGUACAAUUUUUCACGUCACGUAUGUUGCAUAACAUUCCUAAUAACUAUCAAGUUCAUGACUUGGGUUAUUUUGUUUGCAGAAAGCUUUUUUUUUAUUUUAUGUAUUUAUGUUCUAAGUAUGGAAUUACCAUUUGAUUUCAUUUGCUUGCUUCCAAACUUAUCCUGUUCAUACUGAUUUUGCUGUUUAAAUGUCUACUUUACAAUUAUUCAUGUUUUGAAAAUUUUAUUGCUUGCUUACUGAUUUUUUUUUUUAAAUAAGAUAAAAAAAAUAAAAUUCUAUCAUCAGAAGUCACUGAUUUAUUUUAAGAGUCAAGUUUUCAGCUUUCAUGUUUUUGUUAACUUAAAACAACAGCUGACUUUUGACUUAUAUUUUAAAUUACAGAAACAUAUUACUUGCUUAUUUCUCAAACCACUGAUUUGGCCCUUGUCAUGAAACAGUUUCAUCUUAAAAUAUAUUUAGUGUUCUCUUUGAAUAUCAGUAAUUUAAUCUGUAUUAUAACAUGUUAAAUAUAUGUUCAAAAAUCAUGUGGAGCCUUUUGAAGCAACAAGUUUUACUAAAACUUUGCUUCAUAUUAAUACUCAGUUGAUGUGUAGGCUCAAAGAAUUUUUUAGUUGGAGUUUUACAUACAUUUCCAUUGUAGGAGGUAACUGAAUUAUCAACUGUGGAUAUAAAAACGAAUGUUAAUCAACAUCGUAAGGAAAAUAAAAAUUAUAAUCUUUCAAAUUUAUAUAUGACUUUUGAAUUUACAGAUGUUCAUGAGGAACAUUUUAUUAUUAUUUUUCAUCUUCAUAAAGCUUAUGAUACCACUACAAUGUCAAAAGUCAUUCAUCAUUGAUUGACUUUACAGUCAUAUGCGGUUGCCAAAACCAAUACUAAAAUAAUUCUUAACACUGAUUUUGCUGGUCAUAGUCUAAAUGCUUUGAUUUUGGUGGUAAUUUACUCUUCAGUCAUCAUUUUGUUUGUUAUGGCAUGUUAGUGCCAACUCUUGAUCACUUUUGACUUAUCUUGAGUUUCACAUUUCAUGUGAUAAAACAUUAAAAAUAAUAAGUGUUUUUAUGAACUAUCCCAAAAAAUCCAGCACUUGAAACAUGUGGUUAGCAACACUGUAUUAAAAGGAAAAUGUGCCAGAUAAAGAUAUAUAGUCAUAUCCUACUAAUAUUAUAAUCCAGCUGAGAUGGUGCAAAAUGAAAUCCUAAUCCUUUAUUGUGUAGAAUAAUUAGAUAGAUGUACCAUUUCUAAAACCUCUAAUUUCACAAGGAAAAUCUGCUAUUAUGGCUCUAAUCUUCUUUGGUCGCAGACUGGAAGCAAAACAAGUGUUCAGAAAUACUCCAAUAGUAUAAUAAUAUUUUUUUGUUUUUAUUCAGAAAUUUUAAAUCAUUUUAAAGAUGAAUUUCACAUCCUUACAUAUUUCUUUAUCUUAAGUUAAUUGCACAUUCUGCUAUAAUUUAUAAAUUUAAUUUUUAUCCAUUUUCUUUUCAACAUUUUAGAAGAAAAUAUAGGCAAUAAACAAAUUGCCAUAAUUGUUUGAGCUAUAAUAAUAAUAAUACAAAUGCUUGACUAUUAGUUUUUAAAUGUAAGAUAAUUAGUUUAUAUUCUGACUCUCUACGACUACUGUUAUCAUAAAACUAUUCUCAUGGUCACUUACAAGUCGGAUACAUGAAAUGAAUUUUGACUGUGCUUAAUGAAAGCUUAUCUAGUAGUAUAUAUUUAUUGUGUAGAUAUUCUGAACCACUAAGAAUUCUGCAGUGUCUCAGCAGAAUCAGUGGAUUACUGUAUAUUAAAAAUGUUCCAAAAUAGAACUAUUACAUUAAACAGCUGCCAUCCAUGCAAUGUCUUUGACUUUGUAAAUGUGUACUGCUUUAUGUAUGUAUGUAUGUAGCCAUUCCCUGCUUCUUGUCCAAGAUCUGUAAUAAUUAUGGUGUUGUACAAGAGGAUCUCUUAACAACUGGAUUCUGCUAUUCAAAUGCUUUUCAAGAUCCAAUAAAGAUUACUUUGCAAAAA